ACGGAGAUAGUGAGUGACACUGAUAUGUGUCUUCUUAAUAUCCAAUAACGUAUCUUCAAUAAUAAAAUACCAAGUGUAAUGUGUAUUUAAAUGCCUCUCGUGGAUGUGAUGGACGGGUUAUUUGUGUAUUCGGGAUGGAAGACGAAGCCUUCACUGACAUCAGUGGCAAGUCCAUUUCUCUGGACUGUCAGAAUCACUCCAGCUUUUGCAGAGAGUUUACUGUCAGCUCCCCUAAAGUGUCCAUAGGGAAGGUGAUGGUUUACACCUGCUGUGUGUGGCUUCUGGCGUACACCGUGUUCUUCUUCACGGAGAACACAGCCGUUUUGUCCAGCGCUAUACUCAUCACCCUCGUCGGCAUGAUGCUUCACAUCCACUUUGUGAAGGUGGACCACGAGUCCCUUCUGGUCAUCGGCUCCUUAGGCAUCCAGUUGUCCUCCAGCUACGCCUCAGGCCGGGAGAUCACCACUUUCAUUGAGAUGAGCAAGAUCAAAGAUAUUGUCAUCAAUGAAGCUAUUUACAUGCAUCAGAUCAUCUACUACCUUUGUGUGCUGUUGAAGGACCCCUCAGAGCCUAAUGCGGUGUCAAGUGUUGUGCCAUUGUUUCAGAGUUCAAAGCCAAGGUUGAACUGUUUGGUGAAAGUUUACAAAAGCUGUCAGGAAAUUCUUUCAAAGUGCCAAUGACACAAACGUCAAGCAGUGCUUCUGGUCACACAGCAUGUUUUUUAAUACUUCCAAGUCAUUUUCUUUUGAAUAGAUAAAAGGAGGAAGCAGCUGUUUGAUAUGACCGACAUUGUAUUUUUGUAUUUUUCUUUUUUUUCCCUCCCCUAACCUUUAUGGUUACAUGGAUGGAUGUGGAUGGAGUAUUAGAAACCUGAACAAAAGCGGUGCCAUGUUCUACAGACCAACCGGAGUGUCAAGAUGCUGUACUUUGCUGUGUAGUUAAAUAACUAAAAAAAUAGCACUCGUCAUAGACUACUUGUUAAAUCCUAAAGAGCCAAGCCUUUUAACCCUUUUCUACUGAUAAUGUAUUCAUGCAUAGCAAAUAUUUCUGUAUUUAGAUGUGAACUGACCAGUUGUGUACAUGUCUGUGUUUUAUAAGCAUUCCCAAACAGUGUUUUUGAUUAAAACCUAAAUAUGAUGAAACAUACAAA